CGCAGAGCGAGGAGUCGCCGCCGCCGUCGCCGCCGCCGCCGCCGCCGUAGUCUCCGCUGCCCUGGUCAUCGUCGGGUCCCGACCAACCCCCCACCAUGGACUGGCAGCCAGAUGAACAGGGCCUUCAGCAGGUCCUCCAGCUCCUCAAGGAUUCCCAAUCCCCUAACACGGCCACUCAGCGAGUUGUCCAAGAUAAACUAAAGCAACUAAACCAAUUUCCUGACUUUAAUAACUACCUGAUCUUUGUCCUGACACGAUUGAAGUCAGAAGAUGAACCAACACGCUCCCUCAGUGGCCUCAUUCUGAAGAACAAUGUGAAGGCACAUUACCAGAGCUUUCCCCCACCAGUGGCUGACUUUAUCAAACAAGAAUGUCUCAAUAACAUUGGUGAUGCUUCUUCGCUCAUCCGAGCCACUAUUGGCAUCCUCAUCACCACCAUUGCCUCCAAGGGAGAGCUCCAGAUGUGGCCAGAAUUGCUGCCUCAGUUGUGUAACCUCCUCAAUUCUGAAGAUUACAACACCUGUGAGGGGGCUUUUGGAGCUUUACAGAAGAUCUGUGAAGACUCAUCUGAGCUUUUGGACAGUGAUGCCCUCAAUCGGCCCCUGAACAUCAUGAUUCCUAAGUUCUUGCAGUUUUUCAAGCACUGUAGUCCCAAGAUCCGGUCCCAUGCCAUUGCUUGUGUAAAUCAGUUCAUUAUGGAUCGAGCCCAGGCACUGAUGGACAACAUUGAUACCUUCAUUGAGCACCUGUUUGCCCUGGCCGUGGAUGAGGACCCAGAAGUUCGGAAGAACGUGUGCCGGGCCCUGGUCAUGCUGCUAGAAGUCCGGAUCGAUCGGCUCAUCCCCCACAUGCAUAGCAUCAUUCAGUAUAUGCUGCAAAGGACUCAGGACCAUGAUGAAAACGUGGCCUUGGAGGCCUGUGAGUUCUGGCUGACACUAGCUGAACAACCUAUCUGCAAGGAAGUCUUGUCAUCCCACUUGGUGCAGCUGAUUCCAAUCUUGGUGAAUGGGAUGAAGUACUCGGAGAUUGACAUCAUCCUGCUCAAGGGUGAUGUGGAGGAGGAUGAGGCUGUUCCAGAUAGUGAACAAGACAUUAAGCCACGGUUCCACAAGUCUCGAACAGUGACGCUGCCUCAUGAAGAGGAGAGACCAGAGGACCCCGAGGAUCCUGAGGAUGAUGAUGAUGAUGAUGAUGACACCCUGUCAGACUGGAACUUGAGGAAAUGCUCAGCAGCAGCACUGGAUGUCUUGGCCAAUGUGUUUCGGGAGGAGCUACUUCCUCACCUGCUACCUCUGCUCAAGGGGCUGCUUUUCCACCCUGAGUGGGUCAUCAAGGAGUCCGGGAUCCUGGUCCUAGGCGCCAUUGCUGAGGGCUGUAUGCAGGGCAUGGUUCCAUAUCUGCCUGAGCUUAUCCCCCACCUGAUCCAGUGCUUGUCAGAUAAGAAAGCUUUGGUACGAUCCAUUGCCUGUUGGACAUUGAGUCGUUAUGCCCACUGGGUAGUUAGCCAACCGCCGGACAUGCACUUGAAGCCCUUGAUGACUGAAUUGCUGAAGCGAAUCCUGGAUGGCAACAAGCGUGUGCAGGAGGCAGCCUGCAGUGCUUUUGCUACCCUGGAGGAAGAAGCAUGCACAGAGCUGGUCCCUUACUUGAGCUUCAUCCUGGAUACUCUUGUUUUUGCUUUCGGCAAGUACCAACACAAGAACCUCUUGAUCCUGUAUGAUGCCAUUGGAACGCUUGCUGACUCUGUGGGCCACCACCUUAAUCAGCCAGAAUACAUCCAAAAACUGAUGCCCCCUCUCAUCCAGAAGUGGAAUGAAUUGAAAGAUGAAGAUAAGGACCUCUUCCCUUUAUUGGAAUGCUUGUCAUCUGUGGCCACAGCCCUCCAGAGUGGUUUCUUGCCCUACUGUGAGCCUGUCUAUCAGCGCUGUGUCACACUUGUCCAGAAGACACUGGCCCAGGCUAUGAUGUACAACCAACACCCAGACCAAUAUGAGGCCCCAGACAAGGACUUCAUGAUUGUUGCCCUAGAUCUCCUUAGUGGGCUGGCUGAAGGUCUGGGAGGCCAAGUGGAACAACUGGUUGCCCGAAGCAACAUAAUGACUCUACUCUUCCAAUGUAUGCAAGAUACCAUGCCAGAAGUCCGUCAGAGCUCCUUUGCUCUCCUGGGAGAUCUUACCAAAGCUUGCUUCAUGCAUGUCAAGCCCUGCAUCGCGGAAUUCAUGCCUAUCUUGGGCACUAACCUGAAUCCUGAGUUCAUCUCCGUCUGCAACAAUGCUACCUGGGCCAUUGGGGAGAUCUGCAUGCAAAUGGGGGCUGAGAUGCAGCCCUAUGUGCAGAUGGUCCUCAACAAUCUGGUGGAAAUCAUCAACCGUCCCAACACCCCCAAGACCCUAUUGGAGAAUACAGGUCGCCUGACGAGUCCCUCUGCCAUUCCAGCCAUCACCAUCGGCCGCCUGGGCUACGUGUGCCCACAGGAGGUGGCGCCCAUGCUCCAGCAAUUCAUCAGGCCCUGGUGCACAUCUCUCAGGAACAUCCGAGACAACGAAGAGAAGGAUUCAGCCUUCCGGGGCAUCUGUAUGAUGAUAGGGGUAAACCCAGGAGGGGUUGUUCAGGAUUUUAUUUUCUUCUGUGAUGCUGUGGCCUCUUGGGUAAGCCCUAAGGAUGACCUCCGGGACAUGUUUUAUAAGAUACUCCAUGGCUUCAAAGACCAAGUGGGGGAAGAGAAUUGGCAGCAGUUUUCAGAGCAGUUCCCACCUCUGCUCAAGGAGAGAUUAGCUGCCUUCUAUGGAGUCUAGGUGAAGCUGGGAGACCACGCACUAGGUUCCUGACGGCGUUGGGAGGGGUUGCUGGGAGCUCAUCAGCAUCCAGGUGUUGCAGUGCCCUGUCAGUGGGGGGUUAGGGAGGAGUACGUG